AUGGAUGACAAUCAGAAGGCAGUCCACCAAGAUCAAAAGACUUCAAGCACAACCCACACCCAGUUAAUCCUUAUUGACAUUCAGGAUGAUGGCACAACAGUUGUUACCCUCAAUCGCCCUCAGAAGCGCAAUGCGCUGUCCGCUGCUCUUAUUGCCGAUCUCAAUGCAGCUUUUCGAGCAUUAGAGCGGAACGAUUCAGUCAGGGCAAUAGUCCUGACGGGUUCACCGGGAGGCCCAUUUUCCGCGGGUGCCGACCUUGGCGAACUGAAGCAUAUUUCCACAUCAGAAGCCUACAAGAUCCAAUAUCUCAAAGGUCUUUCAGAUGGAAUAACGCAAGUCAGGAAGCCAAUAAUUGCCUCCAUUGAAGGCUUUGCUCUUGGUGGAGGAUUUGAGCUUGCUUUGAUGUGCGAUGUGAUAUUCGUGGCUGAAAAUGCUCAUCUCGGUCUACCCGAAUUGAAGGUCGGGACAAUUCCAGGAGUCGGAGGCACGCAGCGACUUACCCGGUUAGUCGGGAAGCAUUUGGCAAUGAAGCUGAUCUUGACUGGCUCAUCUUUACCCGCAACGCAGUUCUCGGCGUACAUUCCAGGACUACACGUGCUGCCUGCUGCUGAGGUGCUUCCAGCAGCAAAACAGUGCGCAAAAGACAUAGCCGAGAAGUCUGGACCGGUCGUUGCACUUGCAAAGCAAGCAAUUCUCGCAGCCGAAAGUGGGCUUGACAGUGGUUUUGCGAUAGAGAGAGGACUAUACUAUUCAAGUUUCGACCUGCAGGACAAGAGUGAGGGAAUCAGUGCUUUCCUUGAAAAGCGAAAGCCAGAGUGGACACACCAAUAG